UCUUCACUUGUGGUAUCCUGUCAGCAUCAGUCAAAUGGCUUAAGUAGAGAUCUGUCUCUCAACAGGAAAUGUGUGGCACUUCUGCUGAACAGACGACAUCCUGAACUGUCAAAGAGAAGACUUUAGAGAAGACAUUAAAACCAUCAACCAUGGGGACAACAUCCUUCUUGUGUCUUAGUCUGGUGUUCACGUGGGGAGUCAGCGGUGAAGUGGCUGACAACUUUAACAACUGCAAGAACUCCUUCUUUAGGAGCACUCCAGUGUCUGGUCUGAAUAUACCCAUAGUCCCUACAGAACAAAACACUGAUGGUUUGCCAAACUUCGUAAAUUGUCUCUCUGCUUACAAUGUAGCAGCUCUAGCACAUAUCUGUCAGAGAGAUCAAAAAGAAUAUUACUUUGCUACCCUGUACGACCGAGGCAGGAGAAUCCCCCUGUACUCUGCCUACGAGGUGGACAUUAAAGGGAAGGAAACAGGGAGGGGCAGAAACACAUUCUAUCAGGAACCACAGCUGGUGCAUAGCAGUCUGCCACCAAACCAGAUGGACGUAAAGUCAUGUAAAACAGAAAUUAAGAAAUAUAAUAAUGACAACGGCUGCAAUGAAAGGUUCCCUCAAUACCAACAAUUAAAUAAGAUAAUGCAGAGUCAGGCAGUUGAUGGCGAUUUUGUUGGUUAUGACCGAGGCCACCUGAACCCUGCAGGGCACCACAGUAAUGAGGACUACUCCAGUGCCACCACGGUGUUCACCAAUGUAGCUCCGCAAAAUGGACAGAUGAAUAAUGGAAAGUGGAAUGAAUACGAGAAGUGGGUGAGAAAGUAUGGGAAGGAUGAGGGCUGUGAUAAGAUGUAUGCCGUGGUUGGGGUGGUCCCGAGUGAUCUUAACGGUGAUGGUAAGUGGUUAAAGAGGGCCAAAGGAAAUGCUGUCAAUGUGCCGAGUCACUACUGGAGUGCUUAUUGCUGCACCAACAGUAAAGAUGAGCCUAUUCUGUCAGGGGGCGCCAUUUGUCCCAACUUAGACAUCACAAAUAAUUCAAAAGUCAAAAAGUAUAAUUCUGUUGGAGAGCUUGAAAAUGAACUUCAAAAUCUUAAACUGGGCAACAACUUCAAAAUCUUUGCGAGUUGUGUGGCCAAGUAGUAAGGCCUUAGCCUUUAUCGUGCUUCAAGUGUCCCCCAGACAGCACUUUCAACAGUCAUUCUAUCACUUGUGGUUUAGAGUAGCUCAGCAGGCUGUUUCAUGUCCUUCACCUUUCGGACAUUUUGUGAAAAUGUCACAUUGGAAACCUUUUGAUGAUUUUCAUAUUUAGAUAUAUUUAGAAUGUAUUUACACUGAGUGGAUACAUUUACAUUUAGUCAUUUAGCAGACGCUCUUAUCCAGAGCGACUUAUAGUAAGUAUAGGAUACAUUACAUGUAUAACUAUUGGCUGUGUAAACCUCAUGGAAGGUGGAGUGUCUGUUAAAAUCCUUUUAACUUUGAAUCUAGUUUCUAUUAAAGCUCGCUUUGCAAAGCAAAUUCAUACUGGA